AACUCGACGCUUGGGUGUUUCGGAAAACAAUCGAAAUCUCUUUAAGUAGAUCUAUUCUCGUGUUUCUACUACUACUCCGUUGCGAUUAAGCAUGUACGAAGAGCACUACGAUGAAGAUGGAUUCAAAUUGUCCUUCGAUGAGGAUGUGUCGAAAGCGGACAAGCGGUGUUUCAUGCGUACGUUCCCGAACGUUAGCCGGAUCGCCGAGCGCAAGGUGCACUGCACCUCCUGCCACACGCACAUUGGGACGGCCCCGAUUGCCGAGGCCGUCAUCCGGAAGCACCCGGUCCUGGGGGUUACGCAGUGUAGCGAUUGCCACGAUUUCUACAACAGCGGCGAGUUCUCGAAGGGUGAAGAUGGUAGCGAGCUGUACUGCCGCUGGUGUGGGCAGGGCGGCGAGGUCUACUGUUGCUCCAACUGCCCGUUCGUGUUCUGCAAGAGUUGUAUCAUCAAGAAUCUGUCCCGGGUUUGUGUGCAGGAUAUCGCUUCCAACGAUAACUGGAGCUGCUUCCGGUGCGCUCCGAAUAUCUUGAGCCACCUAAGGGCCCAGCAUUGGGCGCUCUGCAACUUCAUCCAGAAACAGAAAAAGGAAAUUAAAAAGAAAAAUUAUAACACCCAAACCAUUAUGGCAAUGAUGAAGGAAGAUAAAACAACCUGCUGUUUCAUGAAGGGAAGAAGAAAACAGCGCAUCACCACCAUCCCGGAAGGAUCGGACAGUGGCAAGGAUUCACCUAAACCCUCCACUAGCAAAGCAGCAGCUGCUUCGACUGUAGAUAAAGAGGAUUCCGUGCCGCUGGCUGCGCUGGUAAAGUUAAAGGACUUCCGGAAUGUUAAAGUUGUGCCAGCGCAUCUGUUGCUCAGUCAACCGCAAGUGAUUCUGAAUUCCGUGCUGGCAAGAAAGGAAAAGACUCCAAAGCAACAAAAGAGCAAGAGCCCGGCGGAACGGAAGAAACCGCUAGCCGCUAACCAAUUAGAGGGCAUUAGAACCUAUUCGAGAAAACCUAUCAAGGAAGAAUAUAGGGCUGGCAAACGUCAGCUUGAGUCACAGGAAGUAUCUGAAACGGUUCAAGCUGAGCAACCACCCUCCGCAAAGAAGGCAAAGCACAGUAAUGACGAAGUCGUCUGUACGCCCGACAUUAUGGGUAUCCUGUCACCGGUAGUGGAAAUUACACCAAUUACACCCAUCAUUCGAAAAGCGCAAGAACAGGAAAAGGUUCAUUCGUCAGGACCUGGUACAUCAUCAUCAGCCACUGCAGCUCAAUCGAUUGACGCCGUACCUUCCACCCCGAGCAAUCGAGCGAAAACUCAACCAACUACGACCCCAGGUUUAGUGGCUAAUAUACGCACAAUGCAUGAUAAACUGCAGCAGUACCUAGGAGUAAAAGACUCGCCAGCAACUCCCAAACCAUCAAAGCUGCCCUUACCGAUACAGGUGCCACCUAGUGCGAAUCGAACGCCGCAGGCACCAGUCUACCAUAUAAUCAACGGGUAUCGUGUGGAUCUUCACAUGGCUUCACAGCAAAGUACCUAUCGGUUACCGGAUGGUAAGCUUAUUCAGGUACGGAAGCAGAAAACCAGUCAACCCGAACCUGUGCCAAAUAGCAAUGAGUCCGACGAGACGCAGAGUCACAAUCAGGCCUGGCCUAGUGCCCGGGACUCUGCGAAUGGUAUGAACUGUAGCUACACCGUAACAUCUUUACCCUCUGCCUGGAACAAAGACGGUGAAACGUCAGAAAUCUCGAAAGGCAAACGCAUGUUUUCUGUUCACCAAACACUGCCAAAGGGACAUCCUCAACUGACGAAAAACAGUGUACAUCGCCCUCAGCCGCAUAUUUUAGUCACGAACCAGCGAAUGCCUGUGAAACAGCUACGUUUUCAGCAGCUACCGACCCAACAGCUGCAGCAGCAGCAGCAACAACAGCAACAACAACAACAGCAACAACAACAACAGCAACAACAACAACAGCAACAACAACAACAACAACAGCUGCAGCCGCCGCCACUGCGGCCUCAGCAACCACUACGGCAGGCUCAACAACAGCCAUCCCCGGUCCAGCUACAGGAACUACAGCGACCGGUUUUGCAAUUUGCGCCAAGGGAACUGCAACAGCCGGCUUUACAACACCAAGAGAUGCAGCAGCAACAACGAGCGAGACAAGCAAAACUGCCGAGACAGCAACCUCCAUUACGACCGCUGCUACCAGCACGAACGCUGGUGCCACAAUUGCAACCGUUUCAGCAGCCACAAUUGCAGCAACAACCAUUGCAGCCUCAGAUUGUACUGCAAUCGCCAUUCCAGCAGCAAGUCACAUUGCAGCAACAGCAGCCGCAGCAGCAACAGCAGCCGCAGCAGCAGCAGCAGCAGCAACAGCAGCCGCAGCAGCAGCAGCAGCAACAUCAAUUGCAACAGCUGCAGAUUCAGAACUCGAACACGCCAUCUCCACAACAGAUACUUCGGUUUCCGCCGUACUUGGAGAUUUCGACAUUUAGACCGCCCUUUCCAGCAGAACAACAGAAUCUGCAAAAUCGGCCGUUUCAAUCGUCCAUCGUUACACAGCAGCCAAUGCAGCCACAACCGUUUCGGCAGCCACAACCACAAUAUCAAUCACAACUAGUGGUGACAGCAGUAAGGCCGCCAGCACAACAGCAGCGAAAGAGGGGAAGAGCGUCCAGCAAUAAUCAAGUGCCGGCUACUACCAACUCGGCUGGAGCUGCCGCUACCAGCAAUAAUGUUGCACACACCGCCAGACCUGCGCUGCUGAACACUUUGCGUGACAUGGUUAAUGGCCCGCAUACCAAUUCCCCGCUCGGGAAGGGACAGAAAGAGUUCGAGGCCAAGCUGUUGGUAGGGGCGGAAACAUGCCAUCAGAUAAUGGGCAAAAUCGCUACCUUGGCAGGCUCGCAGUCAAUGAAGCAGAUUCGGACUUUGCGCGAGUUAAAGGAGCUGUAUCUGCAUAUGUCCUACCUGCUGACAUACGGCGUAAGACGGUUUCAGGGACUGCAGCAACAAUGCGUCGAGGAUGUGCGCUCGCUCGGUUUCGAAAAUGCUGCCGAAUUUUUGCUUACGGAUGUAGCAACCAACGCUAGCGUCCCGGAGGAGACGAACAAAAGUGGUGAAGCAGAAGGCAACCCUGAUGGCGAUGAAGAAAAUGACUGUGAAAUCAUCGAGCAGAACGCGACCGUCAUUGAGGUAGAUUCGGAUGACGAUGAGGGAUCCCAAUCGGCGCAGUCAAAUCAGGCGUCCAACAGCAGCUCAACUCAAGACGGUGUACAGUUGGCCGCAAGAUUUGAAAUUGUCAGUGGCGCCCCGGGAAACUUCGAUGUUAGAGCGAUCGCUUCUCCAUUGCCCGGAGGUCAAUCAGGGGGAUCAAAUACACCCAACACACAAUCGAAUGGUGCAAAUAAUAAUGAUCAGCAGCAAAAUAGCGAAGGAAACGCACCUCGCGAAGGUGGAAAGGUAGCUGAUCAGACUAACGCUAGCGAACCUGCAACCGCAACGAAGCAACCCGAAUGCGAGAACAGUUCAGCAUCAACGGAGCAGGCGGCGCCAAACGAUUCCAAUGAACUUGCGGAAUUGGUUGAACUGAGUGAGGCGAACGAUGGCGGCACUGAUAGCCAGCGCACAAACGUUGGUCAGGAAGGCGAAGUUCAGCACGGUGUCAGCGAUGGCGCAAAUGUAGAGACGGCGAGGGCACCAACAGUGGAGGCAGUGGAGCAAGAAGCAUCACCGUCCAAAGCCAACGAAAGUCUUUCGGGCAGCGAGCUGUUGGAGCAGCUAGUAGACAGUUUGAUGGACCAAGGACUGCUAGAUGUUCCCAAGAUACUAACAGCUGACGCCGGAAUAAGUGAUGUAUCGAAAGGCGCUGCGGAACUGGUUGAAAUAUCUCCCAAUGAAGUGUCCGAAUUGUUAAAUAACCAGAUGGUGGACACAUCGGUAGAGAAGGAGCAAAACAAUCAAACGAACCAACAGGACCUUGAGAAGAGGGAUGAAACAAAUGAGUCCGAAGAGAUGGGCAUGAAACAACUGGCAACGGACAACCGCAGUGCGAAUAAUGAAAGUAAUUCGGUGCUAGAAAAGGAAGCAGUGGAUUCAUCAAAACCAUUUGACGAAGCAGCAGUAGUGGAGACAGAUGAAACUCUGAAAGCUUGCCCAAGCGAGAAUGUAGCUAUUGGGAAGGAUGCUUCUAAAGCCGAGGGAGAGGAUCACCGUGUAGAAUGCACAGCUGAAAAUGAGGAGCAAAACAUCAGCCUAGGGAAGGAUAUGGAGGAUUCCUUAAAGGAAAGUGUUGGUAUUACUGAUGUAGAUUUCGCAGAGCAAGAGCGACAGAAAUUAAAAAGUGCUAAUGAGGAAAUUGCUCGUAUGAAAGGCGAUGGUGAUGCGAUAUUAGACAAGCAAAACAUUGCCGGAGAGAAGGACUCUGUGGAUUCGGCGAUGGCAGUUGAUAGUUUUGCUGAUGUAGAGAUGCAAGAUGACUCUAAAAAGGAUAAAGAAGAAGAAGAUAAGCAUUUAGAAGGUACAACGGAAGAAAUUGAUAUGAAGGACGAUUCAAAGGUGAGGAUUUUCGUCAAUGAUUCAAACAUUGUCGAAGAAAAGACUCCAGGUGCCUCUUCACUACUAAGUGGUACUAUCAGCAGUGUAGAUUUGACACUGGCCCCAUUAGAAGACGCUAGCAAAGAUGUAGAGAUGAAGGAUCAAUCAAAUUCGCUCGAGAACAAAGAGGAGAUAGCCAGUGAUUCAAAUCCGGCCAAGGGGAACAAAUUAGAAGAAGCAGAAUCUCACAAGCAGGUCGAUAAUGAUACGACCAACCAAGCACAACAAAUGGAUACCGCAAUAGCACGACAGCUAGAGACUGAAAAUUGUUCAGAGGAGCAAAGCACGGGAAAAGAAGAAUCGUUUUCGGAGUCCAGAAGUUUCAUAGAAAUUCCGGAAACAGAAAGGCAAGACAUUGCGAAAGAAAAAGUCGAUAGUUUGUCUCAAAAGUACGUAGAAGAUUUAAAUGAUAAUAGCAUGCCUGUUGGCAGCUCUAUUGCCCCAUCUCUUGAACAUUCUACAACAUUAGAAGCUGACAAAAUGGUAACAUGCGAUACUUCCACUAAAGAAGAUGACUUGGGCCUGUCGGAGGCAAAAACUACGAAAACUGACGAUAAUGUAGAAACCUCUUCGAUGGGAUCGUCGGAAGGUUUUCGCAGUCCAGAAACGAUUUUAUCCGAUUCGUUUCCGUUCGAUGACCCAUGCACUCGUAUACGGGGCGAGAAUUCCACACAGAAAGAGACGAAUGUUAAUGAAGGAGCAUCUAUCUCCGCUGGCGGUGAAGCCUCUCAAGAUACCGAUACCGUUGUAGAGGCAUCAGCGGCAAUAGAUGAACAGAAUAUUGCGAAUGAAGACUUGAUUUCAUUAGAGUCUAUUUCGAAUGAUGCAUGGGAAGAUUCGGAACAAGAUGGGACUCAAGAUGGAGUGGACGCCACUUUCUGAUGUAGGCGAUACAAUCCCUUAGAAGAGCUUAGAAAAUAGUUGAACUUUAAUGAGGAUAUGCAAGUAGCACGUAGCGUUUCUGUGAAUCGGCCAUCUGUAUCUGUAACGGAUACCUAGAUGUAAGCUAAUGAACUUUAUGAGUGAAUGUUAUGGCAGUGUAAAUAUGCUAUAAAAUGAUGAUGAUACAACGAUCAUUAAAUUAAAUGAAAUGUCUAAUAAACGCUAUGCGAAACAUCAA